AUGGUAGCCUACGCUCCUUACUUCGCCGCUACGGUUUCAUUGUCGUCUGUCCUCCACGCAGUCACCCCUUCUGAGUUCAGCAUCGCGCCCAUCUGCCAGGUCGUCACAGCUACAGUCACUGAAUACGCCGCAGCACGACCCACGACCAACUCUCAUGGGCAUGGUGGUCCAUACUACAAUCCCUACAACGACGUCCCUCUCCCUUUCGAGUGGCCGGGUAAACCAUCACAUGGAGAAGCGUACGCUCCUCCUCGGCCUUCGACACCCUACGAAUACGGCGGGCCCGCCAAACAUGACUACAAAGAACCGUGCUGGGUUCCCAAGGGCACCGACCAUCUGAAGAGCUCACUUCCAAAUGUCGAACAGUGUGGUAACUCACAAUGGGGUUUGAUCGACUCUCCCCAUCUCUCGGCGAAUGGUCUUCCGAGUAGUAAUCCCGAUGGCGCAUAUACGUCCGAGUCAACGAGGCCAUCAUCUACACGUUCUCUUCACCCUACAGUAUCUGGUCAUCCAUACGGCUAUGCAAACGCCACAGGGUCUACUUCUUCCGGACCGACUGCCACUGGGGCGCUCGAGCCUAUCGCUACUGCGGCCUCCCAACCGAAGGCUGAUCUUCUUUGCCCGUUCAUGCCUGACACCGGCGUGACAAGAACAUACGACCUCCACGUGGCUUAUCAAACGAUCGCUCCAGAUGGUGUUACCAGGAAUGGACUCACAGUCAAUGGUCAAUUCCCCGGUCCUCUGAUCGAGGCCAACUGGGGUGAUUGGAUCCUUUGGAGAGUUACAAAUGAUUUGACUGACGAGGGUACUACCCUUCAUGCUCAUGGCCUUUUCCAGACAGAAAGUACCUGGUAUGACGGUGUACCGGCGGUCAGUCAAUGCCCGAUCACUCCAAACGGCGGUUACUAUGAGAUGCUUUUCCGGGCCGACCGCUACGGGACGUCUUGGUAUCACAGCCAUUACAGCGCGCAAUACUCCGGUGGCGCCCACGGCCCCAUGGUCAUACAUGGGCCGAAACACGAGGAUUACGACAUCGACAUCGGCCCCAUCAUUCUCGAAGAUUGGUUCCAUGCUGACUACUAUACCCUUGUUGAGGGCACCAUGAACGGCCAAUUCCCGCCCUCCAACAACAAUCUCAUCAACGGAAGAAUGAAUUACCCAUGUGCCAAUACAACCUUGCCUUGCACGCCUAAUGCAGGUAUCUCUAAGUUUAGAUUCCAGUCUGGAAAGAAGCAUCUACUACGCCUCAUCAACACAGGCGCUGAAGGCAACCAGAAGUUCAGCAUCGAUAGGCACAAACUGAAAGUCAUCGCCGUAGACUACAUCCCGGUCGAGCCGUACACGACUAACGUCGUCACGCUUGCCGUCGGUCAGCGCACUGAUGUUAUAGUCGAAGCUAUCGGCAAGCCUAGCGAUACCUUCUGGAUGCGCUCUCAACUUGCUCAAGGCUUUCGCUGUACACUCACCGACGGCAUCUCACCUAACGCUCUUGCGGCAGUAUACUACGAGGAUGCCAGUACCGACGCUAUCCCCAAGUCUACCUCUGAUGUCACGAAAGAACAACUUGAGCAAUGCAAGAACGACCCCAUCACCCAGGGUAUCCCGCUGUGUAAGGUCCCAUUGGAAGAGCCUGACCAUGUCGAACGUGUGGACUUUGACUUCCGCUCCAAUGGCACCAACUUCAUCUGGUAUCUCAACAACAGCACCUACCACGGCAACUACAACAAGCCAACGCUACUGAAAGCAAAGCGUAACGAGUCGGACUUCGACCCCGAAUGGAACGUGUACCAAUUCCCCGGUGCGAAGCAUGUCCGCAUCCACAUGGUCAACCACGGUCUCAUUGGCGGCCAUCCCAUGCAUUUGCACGGCCAUGACUACCACAUCCUGGCUGAAGGCUUCGGAGAGUGGGACGGCGUUGUGACAAACCCAGAGAACACGCUGCGUCGCGAUGUCCAUCAGAUGCAGAAUGCACGAAACACCACCGGCACUGUUGAGCCUUCGUACUUGGUACUGCAAUUCGUGCAAGAUAAUCCAGGCGCCUGGCCGCUGCAUUGCCAUCUCGCUUGGCACGUUAGUGGAGGGCUCUUCAUGCAGAUCUUGGAGAGACCAGAGGAUAUCCAGAAGCAGGCAUUUGGGGAUGAGCAGUUUCAACUUUGCGAUGAUUGGGAUGCUUAUACUUCUGAAGUGGUACUGAAUCAGAUCGAUUCGGGGUUGUAA